CAAAAAGCCAGACACACCCUAACCCAUGGUUUUGGAGUACUUUAGGCAACAUUUUUCCCCUUCCUUGAGAUGAAUGAAUGCACUGCCACACCCGUACUCCAUAAUUCACUCCAUAACGGGAGUGCCACAGAGCAUGGGCCAGUCAUGUCGGCGAAUGCGGAGGCGGGCUAGUAUGUACUCGGUCGAAGGGUAACUACGUACUAAGCAGUAGGCUAGUAGUUAGGAUGAUCAACUAGGCUACUGUGUAAAGUAGGUUUCAUUGUUGUCCUUGUUGUUCCAAACGGGUGAGAUUUUAGUUUUAGGUCAUCGCUGUCGCUCAUCGGCCGAGCGAACGCGCUAGUUCUUUGAAUUCCUGCGAGGAUGCUUGCUUUUGUCGGUCAAUCUACUCGGCCGGAUUUUGGUAAGCUGCGUCUUACUCCUUUAAUUUUGGGAGGCAGUCAAUUGUUCCAUUCUACUUCAAGUACUCAAUUUCCUUCCUCUGAGUGAUUGCCGAUACGUGAGAUUAAAGACAUCCUCUUCGGUUUUUGUUGUAUUCCCGCUAGAGGAUGGCUGGCUCACUUCUUCCCUCGCGCUCUCGUGGGGACCAGCCGGUGUCGUCCCAGAAGACUCCAUCACGGUUCAAGGAGAAGAUCACACCGGGGUUGCUCACCCUCUCCCGGCUUGCAUCCGCGCAUCCGAUACAUACAGUGGCCGCCGUCGCCUUGCUGGUUAGCUCCAUAUAUAGCAGUUUAUUGGAAGACAGUAUAUUCGAUAGGACCAAGUCUGUGGCAAAGGCAGACUGGUCAUCGCUCACUGCUGGGAGUAGACAACUCUAUGUGGGCCCUCAAUCCGACUGGAACUGGCAGUCGGAGGUUCCAAACAUUCCAGUUUCCAGCAAUGUCGACCAUGCCGCGCUUCUUACUUUGGUAUUCCCGGAGAAGACGGAGGCCUUCCACGAGUCCUUGGCCACGCCUCUGCUCCAAUUGCCGAACAACCUGUCUGUCACGCCGUUGCCCUCGACUUCCAAAUCCCUCAGUACCUACUCCAACGAACAUGUUCAUGCUUUCUCCCUCCCCUACAGCCAAGCAUCCGACUUCCUGGCAAUGGUCCAGGAAGUACCAAACAGCAGCCCAGGCCAGGAGAUGGACCACGGUGAACAACGAAUGUGGAUAAUGAAGGAUGCACGAGCACAAACGCAGAAAAGUCUGACAGACCGAGCAAAAGAUGCCUGGGUCGGCUUCGUGGACCUUCUCAAGAAUGCCCAAACAGCGGAUAUCGCCAUUAUGCUGCUAGGGUACAUCUUCAUGCACAUGACAUUCGCAUCGCUGUUCUUCUCCAUGUAUCGCAUGGGCUCUAAAUUCUGGCUUGCCACAAGUGUGUUGUUCUCAUCCACAUUUGCCUUUGUGCUUGGUCUGUUCGUCACUGUGGAGCUUGGUGUACCCGUCAACAUGGUUCUCCUCUCUGAGGGCCUGCCGUUUCUGGUGGUCAUUGUCGGGUUUGAGAGGUAUAUCGGUCUAACGCGGGCUAUUUUAACGCAUGCCAUGGAUCGCCGCAGCCCAUCUGAUAACACACAAUCAGCCAUCGAAUUUGUUAUCAACGACAAGGGAUCAGAGAUUGCUAAGGAAUACGCUAUUGAGAUCGCGAUUCUUGUAUUGGGGGCUUUGUCUGGGGUGCAGGGAGGGCUGCAGCAGUUCUGCUUCUUGGCCGCAUGGACUCUGUUCUUUGACGCCGUUCUUCUCUUCACAUUCUACACCGCAAUCGUCUGCAUUAAGCUUGAAGUCAACCAGAUCAAGGGGUACACCGACAUGCGUAGGGCGCUGGAAGACGACGGUAUUAGCUCCCAAACGGCUGAGGAUGUGGCUAGGAGUAACAGCCCGAGCAAGCCCGAAACGACGCUUUUCGGCAAAAGUACGCAUGUCCCUCGCUUCAAGGUCCUCAUGGUUGGCGGCUUCCUCCUUGUGAACGUUGCCAGCAUGUGCAUGGUUCCUUUCCGCAAUACACACUCAGUUAAGGAUCUGGCUCGUGGACUAGCUGGUGUGGGUAUGUCUCCACCGGUGGAUCCCUUCAAGGUAGCCUCUCGUGGGCUCGACGUGAUCCUUGACAAGGCCAGAUCAACCGGCCAAGAUACAAUUGUCACGGUUCUCGCCCCGGUCAAGUAUGAGUUGCAGUUCCCCGCUGUGCACUAUGGCCUUCCUGUAAUGGGGUCUUCCAACGACAAUGAAGGCAUAGCUUUCAACCUUGAUGGAUAUGGUAUCGGCGGUCGUGUUGUUGGAGGCUUGCUCAAAAGUCUGGAUGAUCCGGUCUUUUGCAAGUGGGUUAUUGCCGCGCUGGUGCUGAGUGUUGUCCUCAACAGCCACCUCUUCAGUGCAGCUCGGCAGGGCGUUAAGAGUACGCCAGAUGACUCCACUGAACCAGAGAAGACAGUCAGUUUGCCAGUGGCUCGCAAUGUACCAUGCGAGUGCCAGCGAGUUGUUGUUCCAACUAGCCCGGCAGCCGAGGGAGAAUUGGCAAUCAAACGCACCCCAGAAGAGAUGGAGCUAAUGCUUUCAGAGAAACGCGCCCAUGAGUUAACCGAUGAGGAAGUUGUGGAGCUCUCCCUGCGCGGAAAAAUCCCCGGCCAUGCUCUGGAGAAGACCUUGAAAGACUUUACCCGCGCUGUCAAGGUCCGUCGCGCUGUCAUUUCCCGCACCAAGGCCACCGCAGAUAACACCAAUGGUCUGGAACAAUCCAAGCUCCCGUAUGAUAACUACAACUGGACUCGGGUCUUCGGUGCAUGCUGUGAGAAUGUUGUCGGCUACAUGCCAGUCCCCGUUGGUUUUGCUGGACCUUUGGUCAUUGAUGGAAGAAGCUACUUCAUUCCUAUGGCGACUACCGAAGGGGUCCUUGUCGCCAGCGCGAGUAGAGGAAGCAAGGCCAUCAAUGCUGGCGGCGGUGCUGUAACCAUGUUAACAGCGGAUGGAAUGACUAGGGGUCCCUGUGUUAGCUUUCCAACUCUGGAUCGCGCAGGCGCUGCUAAGAUUUGGCUUGACUCCGAGGAAGGCCAAACGACAAUGCAAAAGGCCUUUAACUCGACUACUCGCUUCGGGCGGCUUCAGUCCAUGACCACUGCGAUUGCAGGCACUAACCUUUACAUUCGGUUCAAAUCUACUACGGGAGAUGCUAUGGGUAUGAACAUGAUCUCCAAGGGUGUUGAGUACGCUCUAGAAGUGAUGAAGUCCGCCGGAUUUGAAGACAUGAAGAUCAUAACACUGAGCGGUAACUUCUGUGCCGACAAGAAGCCCGCAGCGAUCAACUGGAUUGAAGGACGUGGAAAGAGCGUUGUUGCAGAAGCCAUUAUCCCAGGAGAUGUUGUGAAGAGCGUGUUGAAGUCAGAUGUUGACUCCAUGGUCGAGCUCUUUGUAGCUAAGAACAUGAUCGGAUCGGCUAUGGCUGGGUCUAUAGGAGGAUAUAACGCACAUGCUGCGAAUAUGGUAGCAGCGAUCUUUAUCGCGACAGGGCAGGAUCCGGCACAGGUUGUAGAGAGUGCCAACUGUAUCACCAUCAUGAAGAAUCUUCACGGUUCGCUCCAGAUUUCGGUCUCGAUGCCUUCUAUUGAAGUUGGUACAUUAGGAGGUGGCACCAUCCUGGAACCUCAAAGCGCCAUGCUCGACAGUCUAGGGAUCCGAGGAUCGCAUCCCACCGAACCGGGAGCGAACGCUCGGCAGCUCGCUCGCAUCAUCGCUGCUGCUACUUUAGCUGCGGAGUUGUCGCUCUGCGCCGCGCUGGCUGCCGGUCAUCUGGUCAAGGCACACAUGCAGCAUAAUCGUGCGCCUCCAGCCGGUGGGAAGUGAGGCCUAAACUCUGUACUUAUAUAGUAUGAUCAGCAGGUCUGUGAUACGGGAUAAAGAACUCUGAGUAGAUAGACGGUAGACUAGCUGUGAAGGUAGCAAUAGGCGAAAUAUGGAAAAAGAUGGUGAUGAUAGAACACGCUUAUCAAAAGAAUUGCAGGCUACUGCUGCUUCUCCGCACAACUUGCAGACUAAUGCAAUGAGAAAGGUUCGUUCAAGUUAGGCGAAAAAUCCUUCAUUCGGUGAUUGGAUCCUGAUGAUCAGAAGACCGGGCGAUCGCUUUCUAAGUCGCAAAGAAGAGGAAGCGGGAGAGCCUUUGGGAGGAGCAGGUGAGAGGAGGACAGCCGGCGAUUGGGGGGAACUACAGUGAUCCAACAACUUACUCGGCAUUAACUUACCUUCUCUUAUAACUCUAUUAAUAUCUAGCCAGAUUAUCGAUC